ACAAAAACAAAUUCAGGUACAAUACAAUCGAGCGGAUCAGCAGCUGUGCGUUGGAUUGGCUUGGCAGAUUCUUCUGAAAAUGUGUUUGUAGAUAACAAAUCCACAAAUUCCCCUGCAACGAAUUUCACUUCGCAUCAUCUCUACGCUAUCAAUUCUCAGUUACCUCGCCGCCAUGGCUACCGGCGCCACCCUCCUCAUCGACCUCCCUCUCCGGCGGACUCACCGUCCCUCUCUUCUCCGCCACUCCAACAUUCCCUCCUUCCACCCACUCCACAUCUCUCUCCGAUGCAAUCACGUUCGCUCCAAUUUCAGAUGCUCCAUCGCCGAGGGCUCCACUCUUUCUGCUUCCAAGGGCACUGGCCCCUCUUCCAUGGUGGAUUGUGUGGUCGUCGGUGCUGGAAUUAGCGGCCUCUGCAUCGCUCAGGCCCUCGCCACCAAGCACCCUGAUGUCGCCCCCAACAUCCUCGUCACGGAGGCGAGAGGUCGCGUUGGAGGCAACAUCACCACCGUUGAGAGGGAUGGCUAUCUCUGGGAAGAAGGUCCUAAUAGCUUCCAGCCCUCCGAUCCUAUACUCACUAUGGUGGUGGAUAGUGGCUUGAAAGAUGAUUUAGUUCUGGGAGAUCCGGAUGCACCUCGAUUUGUACUGUGGAAUGGAAAGCUAAGGCCAGUGCCUGGGAAGCCUACUGAUCUACCUUUCUUUGACCUGAUGAGUAUUGGUGGAAAAAUUAGAGCAGGCUUUGGUGCACUGGGCAUUCGCCCUCCUCCUCCAGGUCGUGAGGAAUCAGUUGAAGAAUUUGUUCGUCGGAACCUUGGUGAUGAAGUUUUUGAACGCUUGAUAGAGCCAUUUUGUUCCGGCGUAUAUGCUGGUGACCCUUCAAAGCUAAGUAUGAAAGCAGCUUUUGGAAAGGUUUGGAAGUUGGAGCAAAAUGGUGGUAGCAUCAUUGGUGGGACUUUCAAAGCAUUACAAGAGAGGAAUAAUGCUACCAAGCCACCAAGAGAUCCGCGUCUGCCAAAGCCUAAGGGCCAAACUGUUGGAUCUUUUAGGAAAGGACUUGCCAUGUUGCCGACUGCUAUUUCUACUUGUUUGGGCAGUAAAGUAAAAUUGUCUUGGAAGCUAUCCAGUGUGAGUAAAGUGGAUGAUGGAGGUUAUUGUUUGACAUAUGAAACACCAGAAGGACCGGUCUCUAUUCUCAGCAGAAGUGUCAUCAUGACGGUUCCUUCUUAUGUUGCCAGCAGUCUGUUGCGUCCAAUCUCUGUGACAGCUGCAGAUGCACUUUCAAAAUUUUAUUAUCCACCAGUUGCAUCAGUGACUAUAUCAUAUCCAAAAGGAGCAAUCAGGAAAGAAUGCUUGAUUGAUGGUGAACUAAAGGGGUUCGGUCAACUGCACCCUCGCAGCCAGGGGGUGACAACUUUGGGAACUAUAUACAGCUCCUCACUUUUUCCCAAUCGAGCACCAGAUGGAAGGGUAUUACUCUUGAACUACAUUGGAGGGGCUACUAAUACUGAAAUUCUUUCCCAGACAGAGAGUGAGCUUGUUGAAGCAGUUGAUCGGGAUUUGAGAAAAAUCCUCAUAAACCCAAACGCAGAGGACCCCCUGCUAUUGAGUGUGAGGGUGUGGCCACAAGCCAUUCCACAGUUCUUGAUAGGUCAUCUUGAUGUUUUGGAUGCGGCCAAGGCAGGGCUGAGAGAAGCUGGAAUGGAGGGGCUGUUUCUGGGCGGAAACUAUGUGUGUGGUGUGGCCUUGGGGCGAUGUGUGGAGGGUGCCUAUGAAGUUGCAGCUCAGGUAGCUGGUUUCCUGUCCCGAAAAGUGUAUAAAUAGCUGCUUUCUAACUAAUAGGCUAUAUUCAUGCCGUAGAGAUGGAAGUGAUGGCGGUGUUGUAGGGUAUUAGCUUGAUUUUGUGCGCAUGCUUAAAAUUGCCAGUAAAUCAGUAAUAAAUAGUCGUAAUCCUAUUUUUGGUAUGAUUGCCCACAGUUUGUAUUCGUGUGCUAAACAGAGAACAAAUACACAUUUCACCGUUUCAAAUGAAAUCAGAAAACGAAAGUGAAUAUUGGUGGGUUUAAA